GUUUGUUUACGGUACAGAUGCCCUCACAUGCAGUUUCACCACGUCAAUCGCGAGUCUGAAAAUACGAUUACUGAUUAUGAGGUAGUCUACAUGCAAGAAAGAAGAGUAAUUUAACAGAACUUUAUCCUGAUUUCCCUGAAAAUGUGAAACCUUGUGUGCUUGAAAGAAAGGAAGAGAAAACAAAAGAAAAAGGGCUUUUCAAACUGGACCAUGACUUAUUUAUAAGUGUUUACAUUAAUGUUCUUCCGAAAAGCAACUGCAAGUGCUCUACAUGGAUACAUACUCUCGGAGCAGAUGGAGUGUGUUUCGCUCGGUGAUUUGUGGGAUUAUAUUGUGCACCUGCGUAAAAUUAUGUGAUUCAGAAACGAGGAUAUUUACCGCUGGUCAGUGGGAUGGAACCGGAGUGGAGAACGAGUAUUAUUAUGCCAGCGAUAGAAAUUCCAUUCUUGAAACUCCGAAAUAUUUAGUCCUUGCCUCCAAUACUGUUCGUCCUGGUCAAGUGUACAGAGUGUGUGUAUCCAUUUUAGAGUCCAGCACUCCACUUGUAGUGCGGGCAUCCCUCCAUAGAGAUGGCGAACAAGUGGUUGGAGCCACAGAAAUGGCUGAUCCACAUCAGGUGACUACAUUGCUUAUGCAGGUCCCUUUCAAUGCUAUUCCAGGUGCCUAUCGAUUAAAGAUUGAAGGUCACCGAGAGGGCAACUUGGGAGGCUCCGAAUUCACAAAUGAGACUCUGGUCGGAUUUUCGGAAAGAUUUCUCACCAUCCUCAUUCAGACCAAUCAGCUAGUCUAUAAUAUGGAACAAAUGAUGUAUAUUCGAAUCGUUUUGUUGACAACUGAGUUAAAACCAUUCACAGAACCGAUAGAUAUUUAUAUUGUGGAUUCACGAGGAGUCACAAUGAAGAGAUGGGUUUCUGUCUAUCCAUUAUUAGGCAUAGUUAAUUUAGAAUUCGAGCUGCCUUAUGACUAUCCUGAGGGUUGGUGGACAAUCAAGGUCGUCGCCUUAGGACAGACAGAAGAGACUCGAGUUCUAAUGGAAAGAUGGUUCAGUCAUCGGUUCGAUGUGAAUGUGGGCACCGACGCUUUCAUUCUCAAUACAGAUGAAUUCUUGGAAGGUCAGAUACUCGCCAAUUACACAAGUGUGGCCACCGUCACUGGAAACCUCACUCUGAAAACCUUUUUGAGACCUUUAGGAAAAUACAAAGAUUUAAGUACCGAUUUAAAGGACCGCUAUAUAGAAGAAUAUGUGGAUAUAUUUCAUGGAACCUACGAUUUCGGCAUUCCGUUGUCUGAAUUGAGAAACAUGGCAAGUCCCGUACCUUUGGAGCAUUGUGAAAUCGAGGUACAAGCGACAGUAGGUGAAAGAUUCUACGACUUCACGGUGUUUGCUUACGGGAGAAUUCGAGUGGUGAAUUCCACAAUUACUUUACGUUUCUUGGGUACAAAUCCUCAGGUCUUCAAACCUGGAAUGCCGUUUAAGACACAUAUAGCAGUAUCAUAUAGUGAUUUGGUGUCCUUACCAGAAGAAAAAUUGAUGUCUUCGAAUGUUAUCAUCAACCCAGUAGCUUAUACUGCAAAUGGAAGACGAGAUCUGGAACAACAAGUUCUUCCUUUUCACAUAGACGGAGUUGUGUCUUUGAUCAUUGACCCACCCAAAAAUGCAGAAAAAAUUGUAAUAAGAGCUUAUUAUGAAGACAUGCAUGACCCUGAAGCUAGAUCACGAGCGGAACUUACAAUUUUGACAAUGUAUAGCAGGCAAGAUCGAUACCUUCAAGUUUCAACUAGUACAAAAAAAGCUCAAGCAGGAGAAUAUGCAGUAUUUCACGUUUGGACCAAUUUUCACUUAAAAUUCUUCAAUUACUUGGUCAUAGCGAAGGGCAUCAUUGUUCAAUCAGGCACAGAAAAAGUGUCAGGGAUGAUUCACAGCAUCACGACAUUUUCCGUCCCUGUCUCCCCAGAAAUGGCCCCUGUUUUCCACAUGGUCGUCUACCACAUUACGAAUGACGGAGAGGUUUUCACCGAUAGCGUCGUCCUGCCUGUGGACGCGAUCAACAAGCGAAAGUUUGUUCUGGAUGUAAACAUGAAACAAGAACGAUCUGGAAAUCUUAUUGAAUUAAUUCCUCGACUGACAUCCGAGUCGAACAUUGGAAUAUGGGGUUUCGAUAGUGAUCACAUGUCGACACACGGUCGCCAACAGCUCACAGUCACUUCUAUAUAUGAAGCGAUGUACGCCUUCGAAAAGGAUUAUUUGAAAUUUGAUCGAGCCUUCUGGAGGCAUAGGGAUGGAUCGCCAGAAAGAAUUUCCUACUACGUCACUCAUAAUUCUGCAAGGGACACGAAGAAUUCUUUCGAGAAUUCCAAUCUUGUAGUUUUUACAAAUCUGGUGAUAUCUGAAAUGCCAAAUUUCUGCAAUGCAUCGCAUGAUCUGAGCAGUUGUCUUUCCGGACAGUGUUACCCGACUCACAAGCGAUGCGAUGGUGUAAGAGAUUGUGACGAUGGAACGGAUGAAGGAAGCUGUUUCCAAAUACAGCUGAACGAAGACAAAGACUUGUUUGAUUUCUAUCUGUAUCGCAGAAAUAGACAAAAUGCCUUUUUCGAUGCCACUGCAGGAAACUUUGCUUGGAAGAAUAAGAUUAUUGGAGAAGAUCAAGAAGAAUAUGUGAACACCAUCUCACCCAAAGGACCAUCUGCAUAUGCUCUGAAUGCUAUUGGAAUGAAUAAAAUUUAUGGUCUCCAUAUUUUACCAGAAUACAUCAUCUUUGACUCAACAAAGCCCUUCUUCAUCCUUGUAGAAGGGCCCGAAGAGGCUGCUCUGGGAGAGCAAAUCGGCCUGCGAGUGACCGUCAUCAACUACCAGCUCAUCGAAAUCAAAGCAGAAAUUAUCCUCGUGGCUUCGGAUGAUUACCGUUUCGUAGAAGUUGGACCAUUGGGUAUUGUUUCGUCCUACAACCCAAAAACAUCUGGUGGGGAGCACCAGCACCUUAUCUAUGUGAAACCAGUGAGUCACAUGAUUGUUCAUGUUCCUAUCGUUGCCACCAGAAUUGGAGAGAUUGUAGUCAACAUUAUCGGCAGAACUCAAGUUGCAAGAGACAUCGCGACCAUGAACAUCCAGAUCAACCCUGAUGGCGUUCCUGUCAAUCUUCACACUUCUAUGCUUCUCGACAUGAGGAACGAAGCCUAUCUCAUUCGGUAUUUGGAUCUUAACGUAACAGAAGAUCCUAUCAUACCUUAUCAAGAAAUAUAUAGACAUUAUAUUUUUGGUUCUCCUAAAGCCAGUGUCUCCGUAAUUGGGGAUGUCGUUGGAGCACCUUUUCCUAUUGAUCCCAAAUCACCUGUUGGCCUAAGAGCUUUGCGUGUUGCAGAUAUGGUAAAAUCUGGCGAACACAUUAUGUUUGACUUUGCCUACACUUUGUACACACUUCAUUACUUGAGGCUAACAAAUCAACUGAGGACUGACACAAUGCGUGGAAUGAUAGAAUAUCUUAAUAAAGCGUAUGUAUAUCAAUCGGUGUUCUAUAAAAAUGGAGCUUAUACAAUGUUUAAAGGAGAAGAGCCAAGCUUAUGGCUAACUGCUUAUUGCGCCAGGAUGUUUCAUUUGGCCAUGUAUCCCGACUGGGAAAAUUACCUUUUCAUCGAUCCCGAGAUGAUCACAAGAUCCAUGGAAUAUAUAUUAAGAUACCAAACAAGGGAAGGCUCUUUCUAUGAAAUCUCAAAUAAACCUUGGAACAGAAAACUCGAUAUCAUGGGUGACAGAAGAACCGCGUUUCAAAACAUAUCUCUGACGGCUCAUGUCCUGAUCACCCUCACAUCCGUGUCUGAUCUCUCAGGGGAUAUCCGUAUUGAAAUUUCAAAUGCUAAAAAUCUGGCAGUGAAGUACUUGGAGAGACGCCUGCCCCAGUUACAGGAUCCUUACCAGGUGGCGCUGGUAACGUACGCUUUGCUAGAGGCUGGCAGCGUAGAUGCAGAAGUCGGUUUCAACAAAUUAGAUGUCAUGAAACGAGAAAAAGAGGGAAUGGUGUAUUGGAGCCCCGAGCCCAUCAGCUCUGCUGAAACUCUUUACCAGAACCAAAGACCCUUCACCCUCCCUCGUCUUCCGAAUAAGUACGAUUCUGUUGCAGUGGAGGCAACGGCUUACGCUCUUCUGGUGUACGUCCGCUACAAUGGCGUCAUAAUAGAUCAAAUAGUAAAAUGGCUGAACUCAAUGAGGACGACGGAUCAGGGAUUCAUGGCAUCGCAGGAUACAUUAAUCGCAACGCAGGCCCUCAUUGAAUAUUCUUUUAGAACUCACGUCAGGGACAUCACAAAUAUGAAAGUGACAGUGGAGUCGAGUUCAAACCCUGGAACCAUACAUUCCAUGGCUUUAACGAGUGAUAAUCUUGCGGAGGCAAGGCAAGUUCCUAUCGGUCCCAACGUAUGGGGUCACGCCGAAGUCGUUGCCAAAGGAGCUGGUUUGUCGAUCCUUCAGUUGGAUGUGCAGUACAAUGUGGACAAAGAAUUCUUGCUGAUACAGCCGCCCGUGCCUUCAUUCGAUUUAAAUGUCCGAGGGUAUUUCCAUGGGCGAAAUAAGUCUCACAUGAAUAUCAAAAGUUGCGCAAGGUGGACUUACACCGACGAAAGUCCUACCAGUGGUGUAGCUGUAGUGGAGAUCACUCUGCCCACUGGAUAUUACAUGCAUAAACCUGAUAUGGACAAGUACAUCUACAGCAGACAGGUGCCCCGACUUCAGAGAGGGCGAGUUCACCCCAAAUCCGCUGUCUUUAUGUUUGAUUACCUUGACACUUCUUGGUCGUGUGUCAAUGUCACAGUGCAGAGGUGGUUUCCGGUAGCUAACAUCACAAGGUUCCUCAAAGCCAGAGUAUACGAUUAUUACAUACCAGAACGGUACAAAGAAAUAAUCUAUGAAGACUUCGAUCUAUAUGUCCUAAAUAUUUGUGAAGUGUGUGGGUCAUAUCAGUGUCCAUAUUGUCCAUAUUUCAGUUUCGCAUGUAGACUAAAUGCUCAAUGGAUUCUACCUUUGUUUGCAAUGCUGAUUGGAAGACUUUUAUUGAGAAGAAUCUCAUGAUAGUUGUGAAAAGGAUUCCUGAAUUCAUGCAGAUCUCAAGAUUCCUGGAAAUAAAUAGAUUUUAUUUUCAGAAUUGCAUGUUUUGUAGGAAUUUAAAAUCAUGGAGAAAAUGCAAUGUUUUUAUAUUUUGGGAAGCAUAGAAAAUUGUACAUAACAUGUAAAGAUCAAGAAUAGUGGCGUAUUUUAAAACCUAAUUCAUUUGAGCACUUAUGCUUGAGUCCACAUUAGAUGCUUCAGUUCCCCACGGGCGCUCUCUUUUUUUAUUUUUAUCUAAAAUAUCUUAAUGUUUAAAUUUUGUAAAUAUAUAUUAGGAUGUUCCAUAAGUUUCUUUCCUAUUUCUAAUAUGAAUAUUUACUGUUUGAGAUAUUUAUUUUGUUAUAUAAGAACCCUUUUGCUCUAUUACCUUCUUCCAUCUCUCAGGAAGCCACAUUAUGCUUUCUUUCGAAAAUUGUUGUGUUUUGGACAAGAAAUAAUCUUCGGGGUGCGCUUUUAUUUCGCUGAUCGCUUCAAAGUGCUUAUCGCGAAGAGAAUUUUUUAAGGGCAGAAAAUAGUAAUAAUCAGAUGGAGCGAGAUCUGGUGAGUAUGCAGUAUGCUGUAAAACAUCCCAAUCAAAAACUGUAUGAGCCUCUCUUUUACAAUUAAUGCAAUAUGUGGUCUCUCGUUGUCAUGAGGAAAAACAACGCCUCGUUGGUUUAUUUAUUCUGGUCGAUUUUUUAGCUAUGGCUAAAAAUGUUUCCAUGUCCAGUUCAUGACAGUAUUUCGUAGAAUUUAUUGUCUCACCUUGAGGAAGGAACUCGUAGAAAAUGACGCCUUUCCAAUCCCACCAAAUGGGCAAAAGAGCUUUAUUUGGAUGUAGUUUCUUCUUGGGUGUAGUAGAGCUCUGGGACGACUGAAACCGAUGACAUAGACGGUUAAGCCUACAUGUUUGCACAAGCAGAGCCAAAUAAGGCUAUUCUUAGCGCGAUGAGAAAGAAACUUUUGGGACACCCUACUAUAUAUAAACUAUUUACUCACCAUUUCAAAUUUACGUUGUGUUAAACAAUUAUAAUAGUGUAUGUUAUGAAAUAUACUAAGAAAAAUGGAGACAGAUGAUUUGCGAGUAUUGGCGUCUGAGAUGUAUGAGAGAUAACGCAAUUUCGGUUUUGAAGAUAAAAUUUGUUCCACUCGUCGAAAUAUUUUUUAAAAAGCUUCGAAACCAUAAUGUAAGGUAGGUCAAAGAGAUCUCUCAGUUUAUUCGAACUUAACGGAGAACGAAAAGCAAUGGUUAAUCAUAAAAUCGGACUUUAUAUCAUAGAGUUGUUUUGAAAAGCAAGACACUAUGUUACGUUUUAGUCAUAGGUGUUAUUUUUCUUAUUGUUUUAAACUUUUGUAUUAAUUAUAUGAUUAUUUUCAAAAUGUUUUUUGAAAAUGUACUUGACAUUUUAAAAAUUGUAUGUAUGUGAUAUAUAUAUAGAUAAAGUACAGGGGGGUUAUAAAUAAACUUCUCCUGCACAACAACAUCCUACAACACAAACGGGCGAACGGAUUUCAACGAAAUUUGGUAUAUACACUAUACACGAUAUGCGCUCACGAAAUCUCGAAAAAAAAAUAGUUAAAAAAGGUCUACUAGUGGGCUCCUUUUCCAGAAAGCAUUAAAUUUAACACAAUAAACUAUCAAAAAGGAAUACAGAAACAAUAUUAAUAUUUAUUGACUAGUUUCUGAUCACCUUGUCAUCGAAUCACAUUAAGUAAAGGUAAGGAAAAAAUAACAGUGCACUGUUUGAGGAGGAAAAAACAGUUCAGUUUGCAGAAACAAAUACAGAUUAGGACAAGAGUACACUAAUGGAACAAUUGUUAUUCGUGUCCAAGACGAUGUAGGGAAAGGUACUCCAUGUGGCAACUCUCAUUCACUUGCGAAAAAUUUCAAGUCGAUGGACAGUGUGCUCAACAGCAGAUCGUAACUGAUCAGUUGUGAUUAGGGAUUGCAAUACCGGACCAAAAUUUCAAUACCGGUAUUCGGUAUUUUUUAGAUCUUAAUACCGGGAUACCGGUUUUAAUACCGGUAUUAGAAAUUUUAGAAAAAGAAAGAAAACAAGGUGUUUCUUUGUUUUAUUUGCCAGUUUUAUAAGAGAGUGUAAUAUCACAAAAAAUAAUAUGGAACUUAUAAAUUAUAACAGUAUAUAAAGAAUCACAAAAAAGUAAAGGAACAACUUAUUUAUUUAAAUCACAAAAAAAGUGUAAAUAUCAGUAUUCAGUCUGUGAUACUAUUACAAAUUUUUGAAAUGUGAUCUUAAAAAACAUAAUGCAUCAGUUGUACUGUCAUUAAAGCUGAAAAGUAAUUUUGUGUAAAAAUUACCGGUUGUCGAAACCACUCUUUCGGCAUCUACGUCUACGUUCUUCAGAUAGUGAUUUGUGCUGUUUUUUCAUGAUUGCAACAUGAAAUUUAUUGUUGCAUUAGCUGUUAAUAAAUUAAAAUCUCUCCCACAUAAUGCCUCUAUAGUCAGUUUUAUUGGAAGUAGAGCUGAUAUAGUUCUGGAUAUUAAGACGAAUUCACUGUCUGAAAAAAUUAAUUUGCAAGUUUAAGUCGAUUAUUGCUUUUUGGAUUGGAUUUCUAAAUUUCAAAAACCGUUCCAUCAUUAGGAGUGAACUGUUCCAACGUGUCUUAGAAUAUAUUAUUAACAUAUAUUCUGUUUUAUUUUCAGUCAGUAUAUAUUUUUUAAUAUGGAGUUUUUUGUAGGGGAAAGUUUAAAUAUCUUAACAAUUUUUCGAACUUUAUAAAUUAUAGGAAGCAAUUCUUGAUGGGUUAGUAUUUCUCCUCAUUAGCAAUAUCUUUUUCCACAAUUACAUUGUCAUUAUCUUCAUUGUCAAUAUCACUCUCACUCUUACUCUCUUCAAUGUCGGAAUCCGAAGUUUCUAUAUCCACAAUAUUUGGAAUCUUCUGUUCUUUAUUUCUUUGGUAUAAUACAUCUAUUACCCCUAAUUGAAAUCCAUGAGCAUAGCACAAUUGCUGAUUUGCACCAAUCAACUUACCAGAUUUUUUCAUAACUGUUGCUCAAUUAGUCGUUAUAGAUACAAUAUCUUCUUUCAGGGAUAAUCCAUGUUUCGCUAAAUAAGAUUUAAGCAAUUAAUUAAGCCAUUAAUUAGCUAAUUAAUUUCGCCAGUUUGGGAGACAUAAAAGCAAAAACGUAUACUAUUUUGCUAUGUUUGCGAUCCCUGAACACAUAGUGGAGACAAUUUAAAAAAUUUCUAGUAAAUACCAAAAAACCGGUAUUUAAACUUGUGAAUACCGGUAUUACGAAAUUGUAAAAUGGCUCAAAAUACCGGUAUUCGGUAUCCCGGUAUACCGGUAUUGCAAUCCCUAGUUGUGAUGUUAAUAUUGUUUCUCUAUUCCGUUUUGGUUGUUUAUUGUGUUAAAAUUCAUGUUUUUCCGGAAAAUGCGCCCUCUGGUGGACAAUUUGGAACUGUUUUUUUCUUUCUUUCUUUCUUUUUCGAAAUUUCCUCAGAACAUCUCGUGUUUAGACUAUAUACCGAAUUUCGUUGCAAUCCGUUCACCCGUUUGCGUUGUAGGAUGCUGUUUAUAGGAUAAAUUUAAUUAUAACCCCCCCCCCCUCCCCCAGUAUUUCCCUUUACUCAAAUGAAUGUUGUCAUUCUUCAGACAUCUACCAAUAUUUUUCCUCCCAAGCGGAAACCGCCUUAUUCCGUUUUAAGUUUUUCAGAUAUUCUGAAAAAUUCACUGUAAAUAAUUUAUUACCUAUUGUAUGUUCCUAAUUAGAAAGUAUGGCUUGUGUGUUAUAUUUCGUUUUCUUUUUAUAAUUUAAUAUGUCUUAUUAUUUUUAUAAACAUUGAUUUGAAAUAAUAUUUUUCUCGAGAUUUGAUUUGAUGCAUUUGAGAAACAAUUCAUUUUUUAUGGGAUGUCCUGCUAUUGAAGUAUAUUUUGGAAUUAAAAAAAAAGUUAAGAUAUAGUUAAAUACAACAGAUGCAAAGGAAGUUGACAUAAAUUCCCAAUUACUAGUUCAUUUAAAAAUAAAGAUAUUUGAAACUGUGCUUUUAGCGAGAACAUUUCAUUUUCCUUUCUAGGCUUCAGAAUUGGGGCUGUUUUGUGUUGUUGCAGAAAAUGCUUAUGAUUCAGUGCUGUUGCUAAGAUUCAAUAUAUUUUCCUUUGGAGCUCUCUAAUCUUACUGUAUCGUAAUUUAUUUAACUCCUUUUCAGUACGAAUUUUUUUAACUUGUUAAAAACUGUUUAUUUUCGAAGCAAGUGAAGUGAAUAGAUUCUACAUGAGAUAAAUUUAUUCAGCAUUUUUUAAAUCAUUUUUAAAUCAGAGCUUCGGAAAGGAUGGCCAAAUACUCCCACCACCACCCAAAAAGUAUUGUUACCAUUUAAACUAAUUUUAAAAGAUCAGUGGGAUGUAAAUACCUCGUUAAUAGUCAAAGGGUUAAGUAAUGCAACCUUUAUUCAAAAAUGUGCUCAUCAUGGGUAUUUUAGAUUGUUCAUUCAGCCCAGCUUUAACCAAAACUGCGCUAACUGAACAUUUUCGAUAGUGUACAAUGAUACACUUAACUUGUUGAUGCAAUCGAUCUUUUCAGAAACUAUUAAUCUAUUUACGUAGAAGAUAUAAACUUUAAUAUAAAUUGAAUUCUUAUUUUCCAAUGUAUAAACAAAUUUAACAAGUAGAAAGUUGAAUUUUUUUGCAACUGCAAAUAAAAUAUUUUUUUUCCUGCAUGCAAUAAUUCGAAAACUGAUCGAAGCAGUCGAAAUUUUAGUACACCUUAUCAAUCAAAUAUUACUCAUAUAAGCUUAAUAAAUACAAAUGUGAAAAGUGUAAUAUGUUUGGAUUUGUAUGAGAGUUGAAUGUCGCAUAAGCUGUAAUGCAUCCUGAACCAAAUUCAAAAUGGCAGAUCAGUGAGACGAAGCGCUUUUCAUUUGCUUCUGUGAAACACUUUGGCCUGGGUAAGAAAAGCAUUGAACGCCGAUUGAAUUACGCGACUUACUCUAUUUCAUUGCUAUUCUUGACCUUUUACAUACGUUAAGGGAUCCAUGCUUAACAUCAAAGUAAACGAAACGGAGCUUCGUCUGAAAAUUUUCAAGAUAGUCGAAUAUGUGCGCAUUAGAAGACAAAUCGUAUGCUUACAGAAAAAUUGCUUCACUUGAUUGCUUUUGAUUGUCAUGCCACUCACCUUUAUUUUAUUAAUUAUGUUAAUUCUAAAAUUCUAUUUAAUUAUGUUGAAUCUAAAAGUUAAAAAACAUGAUUUUUUUAUUUUAACCCUAAAAUAUUUGUUCAAUAAUUUAUCAUAAUCUUUCGAAAAUAUGCUCUAAAAUCUUGAUGAAUCAUUGGAUCUAUCAUCAUAUGCUUAUGUUAAUGAAUUUCUGUUGUUCGAAAUCUUUGUGGAAAAAAUAAUAUUUUUUUCCUUGUAAUGCAAAACUGUAUUUGUUUUGAAAAAAAAUAAUUUCUUAUAAAUA